AAAUCUCUCCCAGGUUAAACCGAACAAACAAACGGCGAUUUACCAUGUUCAAAUUCUCUCUCUCCCUCAAUGCUUUCGCCAUUUCAACAACACUCUCCCAUUUCCCCUUCCCAUUUUCUCUCAAGUUCCUCACCACCACCGCAACUUCAAACUCCUUCGCCGUUUCCUACUUCAUCAACAAAUUCAACUUCUCACCAGAAUUCGCACUCAAAGCUUCCAAACAGGUUCGUUUCAACUCCUCUCAAAAACCCGAUUCAGUUCUCAACUUUUUCACAACCCACGGUUUCACUGACACAGACAUGCAAAACAUCAUUAAAAGAGAACCAUGGCUUCUUAACUGCGAUACCCACAAAAGGGUUUUGCCAAAGUUUCAAUUUUUACUCUCCAAAGGUGCUUCUCCCUCUGACAUUGUUGGCAUCGCUGUAGGUAACCCUAGAUUCAUGAAAACAAGUUUGAAGAAUCGUGUUAUUCCACUUUAUAAUUUAGUAAAUCAAUUCAUCUGUUCUGAUCAAAAGACACUUGCUUCUAUUAUUUCAUGCCCUUCUUUGCUUUGUAGUGAUUUUGUUGAUUCUAAUAUCAAAUUGUUGGUUGAAAAUGGUGUUUGCAAUUCUAGUAUUUUUAGAAUACUUCGUUCUAGACCUAGUAUUAUCUUUUGUAGUCCUAGAGAGUUAGCCGAGUCGGUUGAGGAAUUGAAAAAAUUGGGAUUAAAUCCUUCUAUGUCAUUCUUUGGUGAUGCAUUGCUUGCCAAGAGAGGUAUAAGUGAAUCCAAGUGGAAUGAGAAGAUUGAUACUUUUAAGAAGUGGGGUUGGUCUGAGGAAACUAUUUUGGAAGCUAUUAGGAGACAGCCGAAGUGUAUGCUUUCAUCAAACGAUAAAAUCAAUAGGGUGAUGGAGUUUUGGGUUAAUGAGUUAGGUUGGGAUUCUUCUUACCUUGUUAAGGGACCAGGGAUUUUUGGGUAUGGUUUGGAGAAAAGGGUCAUUCCAAGAGCAAUGAUCGUCCGCUAUCUUCUAAGUAAAGGCUUGAGAAGCGAGAGUGCUAGCUUGCUUUCUCCAUUUUACUUGUCUGAGAAAUUGUUCUUGGAAAGGUAUGUGUUGUGUUUUGAAGAGGAGGAAAAAUCUUAUCUAUUGAAGUUAUAUUAUGGAAUGAUGAAGGUGGAAAAUGAGAAGGGACAGAAGAAUCCUGAGUCAUGACAUGUCAUGUUCAUAAAUUGUUGAUUGUAGAAAUGUGCUUUUCGUUGCCAGUAUUGUGACUAACUUAUUUACGGGAGUGCUUUCUGCUGGCAUCACUUGUCACAAGCAAUUUUAGAUUGACCAACUUGGACAUCUACAGAAUUAUUGUAUACCUCAUCAGGUACCCCUGGACCGGGCGUGUGUUUAUAUGGAUAUAUAUUGCUUCUUCUGCAUUAUUUGAGAACUGGAAAUUGAAGUGAUAGAAAAGUUUUAGUGGUUAAAUUAUAAUUGACUAUUGUCUGGAUGUACCAUUGUGGAGAAGUUUUUGAAAUGAUUUGUGGCCGGUAAUGGCAUUUUAAUAAAAGUCUUCAUUUUUGUGGCCGCAUUACUGUUAAUUACAGAACCAAAAUGGCUUACUUUUAGUUUUUUAGUUAUACAGUUCCUUCUAAUAAAAGUCUUCAUUGAGAAGAUUUUGAACUGGUAAUUCCUUGACUAUGAAUUUAUGGUGUUCCUAAAGAAGCUUCUCUUUGCUCAGGCUAUGUUUGAAUUAGUUGUCAUUGGUUGGUAAUGGAAAGGAACCUUAUAUAUUCCAUUCAAAAAAAUUAUUUUUCUUUUACCCAAUUAUUUGCUCAUCAUUCCAUUCACUUUUCAUACAACGGAAUAGAGUCGUUCAAAUUUGCCCAUCAGGAAAUAUCUACCGAUAGCCUAAUAGGUAGUUAUCUCUAUGUUUGAAGAUAAUAUGAAGAAAAAUAGGGUCAUUCUAUGUCUUAAUGGUUUAUUAAUAAUAUGUAGCAAGGGAUUUUAUUUAAGAAUAUAUGGAAAAAAUGGAGACUAGGAGAUGUUUACAUGAUUUUCAUAAGGCAUAAAUGUUUUAGAUUAUAUAAACAGGACCGAGUUACUUGAUUUUGUACUGUGUGUAAAGCAGAUAUUUGGCUUUAGUUUGUCUAUGAUUUGCAUAGUUUUGUGAUUCUAGCUUAGCUAUUCACACUGCAAUGUAAAUAUGAUUUAGGGAAAAAAUCUAAAUCUGUUUUAAUAUUAUUUUGAUUAUAAGAUAUUUUGAUAUGAAUAUGUAAUUCAUACAUUACACGUAGAUCGGUCUCUUGAUGAUCUCAAACAUUUUCUGUUUUUUCAAUCUUUAUUAGGAAGAUAAUAUACGUAUUUGUAUGGCGUUCCAUCAAUUUGGUUGUGAAAACAAAAUUCUUAUUAUCAUAAUAUCAUGUAAAAAAUGUUUGUAAUGAGAAUCUCUGUUACUCGGUUAUGUUGGAACUCUUUGGUCUCUGUCAAGGGAAUUUGGUAGGGAACAUUGCAAGAGCCUCAGCUGUGAAGCUUGUGAUUAUCUUCUCUAGAAAAGGUUUGAUGAAACACUUUGCAGGCCUUAUUACACCAUGUGUCCUAGUGGUGUUCUUCCUUAGAGGUUAUGUGUGAUGUUUUAAGCUGGAAAAAUCUCAACCAUUGAAGUUUUCUCUCAGCAACAUUUUCUUGCUUUGGUCAGAAUCAUGUUUAGAAUCUCUAGGAAUCUAAGCAUGUGUUUGAAAACAAGGUGACUCAUCAAUUAUCACGUUCCAAUACAGAUUGUAAUGUAAAACUAGAAGCUCCAAUUUAUAGCUUUAAUCUGACUGUGGUUUUCCACCGUGAAAUGACGAACAAGUGUGUUCCCUAACACACCAAAACAAAUGAGCUAUUAGAUUAUUAUGCUAAGAGAUUUCUUUCUGAGAAAAAGGUUA